GUCCUUUGUAUCUGUUGCAGCUCUGGACUAUUGAAGACUAGGGAAUACCCUCACCUCAUCGUCCUUAUCCGUGACAUGCGAGCACUUACGCAUAUCGGCACUGGUGGUCGUUGGAAUAUCCAGGACGUGUACACCGCGUACGUGGUCAACGUCACCAACAAGUACUACAGCUUUCGAGCAAUGUCUUCAUACUGAGUGUCUGCUCUCUUCUGUCUGGGUUUUGCUAUUGCUUCUGUACACUACGCGAGUGGUGACAACUCCCUCGUCCAUCUAAAAAUGCGUCUCGUUCCUCUAACAGCACUUCUUGCUCUGGUGGCAAUACCAUGUCAGGCUGACCAAGCGCCCUUUUCCGCGGACUCCAAAUACAACGAUGCAGAAUAUGGUUUCUACGUUACCCAAACCUUCAAAUCAAGUCCUCAGGUCACAGGCGUACCGGUAGUCAACUUUAUGGAGCCUUUUACUCGAUGCGAUGACGGAUCCUACUUGUUAAUCACUCCUCGAGGGAAAGUGGCAGAGUCUACACCGAUGAUUCUGGAUGUCAAUGGAAGUCUAGUAUGGGCUGCAACCAAAAAGUAUGGCCAAGUCUAUAACCUUCAAGUGCAGUCAUACAAAGGCCAGGAGUAUCUCACGUUCUGGGCAGGCGAUGACACUGUUGGCGGACAUGGUGUAGGGACCCAUUACAUGUUGGAUCAGCAGUAUCGCGAGCAGUAUCGCAUCAAAGCUGCGAACGGUUUAGGGGCCGAUCUCCAUGCCUUCACGAUUACGGCGAACGAUACGGCGCUCAUUUCCAUUUACGACAAAAAAUUUGCAGACGUCGAAAGCAUGCCUGGCUAUCAUCGAAAAGGCUGGAUUUGGGAUUCGGUCUUUCAGGAGCUGGACUUGCAAACAGGCGAGGCAAUCUUCGAAUGGCGCGCCAGUGACCACAUCGAUGUAUCCAAAUCCUAUCACCCCAUAGGCGAAAUGGAAGAAAGCGAUCCACGGGACGUAUAUCACAUCAAUUCCGUCAGAAAAGACACUCUCGGCAACUUUCUCGUAUCCAGUCGAUACCUCCGAGCGGUCCUAUACAUCGACGGUAUAACAGGAAAAGUCCUCUGGCAACUUGGAGGAAAAGACAAUUCAUUCCACGACCUCUCAAAUGGAACAGCCACGAAAUUUCUCGGCCAACACGACGCUGACAUUCUCGAGCAUGAGGAUUCGCACAACCAUGCAAAGAAAACCCAUUUCAUCACCUUCUUCAACAACAACGCCGAUUGGGACAACACCACCGACAUCCAAUCCAAAGGCGCCCGAAUCGAAAUCUCCCUCGACGACAUGACCGCUCGCCUCGACCUGAGCCUUUCCACCUCCAACUCCUCCACCACCACUACCACCCGACCCAUCCUCAGCUCUUCGCAAGGCUCCUACCAAACUCUCCCCAACGGCCACAUUGUCCUCGGAUAUGGAUUCAACGCCGCCAUGGCCGAGUUCUCGGAAACGGGGGAAUUGUUGUGCUCCAUGCUUUUCCAGCCUUCGAGCCGAUUUGAUACGGGAGAUGUACAGAGUUAUCGGAAUUUGAGAUUCAAUUGGACGGGAUUUCCAAGGGAUACGAAACCGAGGCUGGUGGGUGAGUUUGAUGGAUCAUCAUCAUCAUCAUCAUCAUCAUCACCAUCGGGGGAUGUGAAGCUCUAUAUGAGUUGGAACGGCGCCACCGAGGUUUCGAGGUGGUUAUUGGAGGGGUUUGAGAAUAGCGAUGAUGAAGAAAAGGAAACGACGAGACGAAGAAAACGACAUUCACAAAUCAACCACAGAAACAAUUCCGUCGAAAAAAUUUCUCUGGUGGCUAAAGAAGGCUUUGAAACGAUUUCUCGCAUUUCUUCUUCUUCAGAGGCCAUUUCUCACAAAACACGUUUCGUGCGAGUUGCCGCACUUGAUCGCGAUGAUAACGUACUCGGAACUUCGGAUUUGAUAGAUUUGAGAGGGAUGAAUCGUGAUGAUGAUGAAGACAAAGGUGUCAGCAAUAAUUCACAACAAGGGGAAGAAAAAGAAGAAGGAAAAAAUUUCUCUUUCAAACUCACCAAUAUCGAUAUUCUCCUCAUUAGCUUCGUUGGACUUCUUAUCAGUUUGAGUUUUAAAUUUAUUUUUGGCUUUACUGCGAUAGGAGGAAGAAGAAGAGGAAAUGGAAAUGGAAUGGGAAGACGAGGAGGGUCGAAGGAUAAGGAGAUGCAAGAACAAGAACAACAGUAUAAGAAGAAGAAGAAGCAACAGUCAAAGUAUAAAUAUAGUCUUCUUCUUCAAUGAUACCUAGGGUAGUAGGG